CAGGCUGAAGUGCAACAAGACAUUCCAUUGAAUAGAGACACAAAAAUCGAGCAGCUUGAGACAUUGGUUCAUAUAAUGCAUAGUGAAAAAGCCGCAAUUGAGGCCGAAAAUGUGUCAUUAAAGGAGAAUGUCAAAAUUUUAGACGCUGAAGAUGCAGAUUUAAUAGAUCAAAUAAAUGAGUUGACAGUCCACAACAUCACUUAG